CUCUAUCUUUUUUUCGCUGUCGAACCGUUCGGACGUUCCGUGCGCGUAAGCGUGUGCUUGUGUGUGAGUGGCGAAUAAAAAUAUCGAGGAAAAAGCUCGCACGUGCGACGCUUGCGAAAAAAAAAAAUAAGAAAUAUAUAUAUUACAAAGAGAGGGGCACUACAAGUGCGGAAUCUAAAUAAAUAUUCAAUAACGAGUGCAAAAAUAAUUUGCAAGCGCAAAAUAGAUUUAUAAAUGGUGCAACAACAACCACAACAACAACAACAACAACAACAGCAGCACAACAAAAAAGAAUUUGUCAGGCGGCGUUUGUUUUUGUUCUCUCUCCCUCUCUCACUCUCUCUUGCAUCUGUCUAUCUUUUUUCCUCGUCCGUCUGCCGGCCUUCGUUACGCGUGUGUGCGUGUGUCUCCGCAUCCGUGUAUCCGUGCGUGUGUCCGUGCAUCGGUGUGUGUGUGUGUCUGUGCAGCGCAAAGAUAAAAAAGUUGAGAAAUUGAGAUAUACGAAAUGAAAUACAAAAAUUCAACUUAAGAAAUUGCGCCGAAGAGAAAUUAAUUUAUGGCCAAAAUUUAAUAAGUGCAGGGCACAAGCCAGGAAAAAAGUGCGCACAAGUUUUCACCCAGCCGAUAAAAGCCGGCCGAUAUAUAUUUCUAUAAAUACAACUGAAAUAAUUUCGAAAAAUUCUAAACACGCGACAAAAUAAAGAAAGAAAGAAAAAUCCUGUGAGUGUGUUUGUUUGUGCUGAAAUGCCGUCGGCAAAAUGCUAAAUGCGACUGCAACUAGCUGACAAAUCAAACAAAAACCAAUCAACAAAUGUGCCAAAUUGUUUAGCGUAGUGAAAGUGCAGAUAUCAGACAGCUUUGAGAAUAAGAAUAACAAAACAAAAGAUAGUGGAACAUAAUAACAUGGAUCCCAAUCGUAGCCCCUUAAAAAAAUAUUUAGUGGAAAAUUAAAAGUAAAGGGUUUUUCAUAAGAUCUUCUUUGAUCUUAUACUCUAUUAAAAUCAUAGUUACACCCACAAUCACGAAACGACUAUCUAUAGAUUCAUCAAGAGGGUCACAAUCGGCAACUGGUUAAAAUGGAUUACUAGUGAGAGAGACCCCAACUUGGUUAUCAUAAAUAUUGCCCAAAAAUGACCGAAUACGUGACGCCCAUGAUUAGCACCGUCUUGAAGAAAUACCAGACGAGUGCCACGAAAUCGCUUCAGGGGCCAGGACACACCCUAAAAUCCGCCGGUGUCCUGGACAUUGCCACCAAUGGACGAAGUGAGAGUCCUGGCCUGACCCUGUCCAAUAAUGGCAAAUGCCAAGCCUCGUCGCCAGCUGUGGCUCUGAUCAAAAAGGAAAUACUCAGUUCACCAGAACCCCAGGAGCUGCAUCAUGAAUGCACCUCGAGGGGAACGCCCCCACAGAUAUAUCCACCUGCCACGCCCCCCAGGGAACUAUCACAACCGAUCCUUUCGGUAGCCGACUCGGGAUGUGGAGAACUGUACGAAACGAAAUUGGAGGGCAAAACCAUUGGAUGCUUUUCCGUGGGCGGCGAAAUGAGACUUUGCCUGCCCCAGUUUCUCAACAAUGUUCUCAAUGAUUUCUCCCUGGAACAGAUCAACCGGAUCUUCGACGAACUGAGCAUAUACUGUUCACAGUGCACGCCCGAUCAACUGGUGGAGUUUAAGGCCGCCAAGAUCCUGCCAUCGGAUGUUAAGGCCAGUGGCUUGAUCACCCGCACCGAUGCGGAGCGACUCUGUGCCGCGCUACUCCAUCGAUCGGAUCGCAAUAGCUAUGUCCCGAUCGAGAGCCUGGCCAAGGGUGCACUCAGUUUCCACGUCUAUCACAAGUGCUUUGGCAAAUGCGAGGGCAUCUGCACGCCCGACAUGUACUCGUACCAGAAACCGACCUGCAUCAAGUGCCUGGAAUGCGACGGCUGGUUCUCGCCGCAAAAAUUCGUGGGUCAUGUGCAUCGGGAGUUCGAGAACCAAACAUGUCACUGGGGCUUCGAUUCGCGCAACUGGCACGACUAUCUGCAUGUGGCGCUGGACGUGGAGAACCGGGAGAAGUACCAGAUCAUCCUGGAUCAGCUGAAGGAGGUGGAGCUCAAGGAGAUGCACAAGGCGCAAUGGGAAUUGGAUCACAAAAAGAGAAAGGCGGAAAUGCUCAUGGACGAUAGUCUCCUUGGUGCGGGGCAUGUUCUUGGAUUGGCGGGACAUCCGCAUGGACUGGUGGGCGCCCUGGCCCCGCCCCCGCCUCCGCCGAUGAAGCAGCCCCAGAUGGACAUUCCCAGUGGCAAGAAGCAGCAGCAGCAGCAGCUAAAGGGGGCGUCGACGGCGGCCACGCCCGCGCUAGAGUAUCAGUAUCAGAUUAUGUAUGCGCACUGUGUGCAGCAGCAGCAGCAGAGGGAGCGGGAAAGGGAAAGGGAGCGAGAGCACAUGCACCCCUUGCCCCUGCCGCUGCCCCUGUCCCACCAGCAUCGAGCCGUUCUGGUGGCCACCGGCCCCCACCCACAUGGACCGCACCACCACCCACCACCCGCGUUGAACUCGUCGUCGGCCUUCCGCCCUUGGGGACCCACCACAACCAAGGCAUUUCUGCAUGCCUACAAUGCCACACUGUCUGCGCUACCCUACGCCUGCCAGGAACCACCAGAGCUCCAGAAUCCGGAACGAGUGGUGCGGAGCACGGACAAGAGGUAUGCGGAGAGGACCUACCAACCCAAUGUGGCCUUGGCACCGCGCAAGAGCAUACUUUCCAAGGAGCGGGACAAGGAGCGGGAGGUGAUGGAACGGCACAAGUUGCGGGAGAAGGAGCGAGCGGACCAGCAGGUGGUGCACAUCAAGCAGGAACGAUCGCAGACACCCACGCCCACACCCACGCACACACCCACAACAUCGCCGGCCGAGGAUGUGGCCGCACCGCUGGAGGUCGUCGAACCACCGCACACCUCCUCGAGUGGCAGCAAUUCACCACUACCCGCCCACCUGCCACUAACCGCCGCCGCCACCGCCGCCGCAGCACCACCACCAUCAGUCUGCGCCACAGCACCAUCCAAUGGAACAGCCGGUGCACCGGCGACACCCACUAACCUUAGGAACAUGCGCAGUCCCGAGGAGUUUUCAGCGGGUGGCAGCAAUGAGAUUACCUCCUCCACCUCACCGCACCACCAGGUGGUGCAGCAAUCGGCCGGAGCCCACCACCAAGCACCACCGUCGCAGCACAUCAUAGCCACCGUUAAUCAGCAUGCCAAACUUUUGCCCAGCUCCAGUUCCCUGCCCAAUGGCAAUGGCAGCAGUUCGUCGCUGGCAGCCACAAACAACGAACCGAGUCGGAUUAGGAUCAACAAGAACCUGAUGAUGACUCAUCCGUUGCCAGUGGGCAUCGGCAUGGCCCCACAUCACCAUCACCAUAGCCACCAUAACCACCAGCACCAGCACCAGCACCACCAUCCAACGCACAUGCAUCAUUACAGCCAUGGGUACUACAAGCCCAGUCAGGCCACCUCACCCACCCAGUCCUCCAGUGCCGGGCUGAACCUGAGCACCCAUUCGUCGAAUGUGGUCAGUUCGCACCAUCAUCAGAAGUCGCAGCAUAGCAGUACAGCCGGAGCUGGCCUGCCGAAUGGCAAGCCCCAUCUGGGCAGUGAGUUUGAGUUGUCCACGGACACCGAUGACACGGACAGUCUGAAUGGUGAGCCCGAUUCAAGUGCCAUGCUACCGCCCUGGGAACAGGCUGUGGAGUCCCUGAGGGAAACACGACCCAGGGAUCGGGAGCGGGUGCUGCAACUGCUGCAGCGGUUGCUGCAGGAGAAUCAACAGUAUCGAUACAACAACAUCCAAUUGAGUGAGCUGCUCCACAAGCAAGAUGCCCACAUAGCCGAUCUUACGGAGCAACUGCAACGGUAUCGCCGACAAUUCGAGGAGCAGGACUGCAAAGUGGAUCUGCGCAAGAUGCCAUUCAAGCAGCAAACUCGACUGGCGGGGGGGAGUCGCGGGGAGCCAGAGGAGGAGCUGGAGGAGGAGCUAGAGGAGGACCUGGAGGAGGAGGAAAUGGAGGACAGAGCUAAUAACAACAAUCAGCAGGAGCUAUCGCCACUGAUGAAGCCCCCGACAAAUGGCCUGCGACGAAGUGCCACACCCCUCAACUGUUGUGGCAGUGAGGGCGAUGAGUUCGAGAAGCGAGAUGAGCCGGAGAACAAAAGAAUGAAGCUGCAGGAAGAGGAGAAAAUUCAGGAGGAAAGUCCCUCAAACAAUUUAGAGCCAGAGGAUUUGCAGAAAGACCAAGAAAAUGGCGAGAAAUCCCCUCCAAAUGAUAGUCUUAAAAGUCCGCAGCCCAGUCAAAUCUCCAGCGACGAGGAAAUGGAGGAAGAUGACGAUGAAGACGACGACGAUGGGGAGGAUGGGGAUGAGGAUGAAGUGGUGCAGAUACAAGCUCCCCACAGCAGUGCUCUGGCCACGCCCCCCACGGCAACAACGCCCCUUUCACCGGACUCCGCGGCAACAGCCGGCCAAUUGUUCGAUAGCAGCAAUAGCAGCGAUGAGUCAUCGAUGAAGAAGGCCCAAAUGUCCGCCUGCCAUGCACUGGAAAAAAUCAGCAGUAACGUUGCCAGCGAGGAGAACAACCAAAGGCUUGAAGAGGAGAGUCAGGAGGAGGAGGAUGAGGCGGAAGUGGAGGCGGAGGACGAGGAUCCAGAUGAAGAGGACUCCGAUGACGAUGAGAUGCCAUUGCAGCAGCGACAGCGGCAGCAACGCCAGCGUGUGGCUCCCCAGACCAUGGUCAGUGGAUCAGCCCCUGCACCACCGGCACCACCACAUCCACAUCCACCAAUGGCCACCAAGGCCAGCAAGAAGCAAACGCCACCAGCACCACCACCACCACCCACAACAACCACAUCCGCCACAGCAUCAGCAUCGACAACGAACUGCGAGUUACAAAUCAAAAAGGAAAUAGCCUAGAGAUAAAUAAAUACCCCAGAAACCUCUCACAGAAAAGCUCUUUCACACACACACAAAAAAAAAAAACAAUUAAAUCUUAGUUAAGAUCCCCAUUUUAUUUGGAGAACAGAGUGCAGCCCAAAUUCAAGCACAAAGCAGUAACGCACAUAUUGUCCAUUUAGGGGCAGUGUUAAUUAUAAAAAAAAACAAAUCUUUUGCAAAUAGGGGGAAUAAAGUAUGGCUCGACAUUUUUAGGUAAUGGUUUUCAAGAUAUCUGCUUUGAAAAACUGGCUUUUUUUUAUUGAUACUCGUUUUAUAUCAGGGGAUUACGAUUUGGAUUUUAAUUACCUUUUGAUAAUUUGUGAGUCAAAAUUUAUAAAGGCCUUUUUUAAAUGAACAGAAAUUUGUGAAAUCUAUACCAAAAUAGAAACAGGGAAUUCCUUCAUUUUCAACACAUAACAUUUCCCCUAAAACAAAAAACCAAUUAAAAUUUUAAAAUGUUUUUCAAAUCGCUUUUACAUAGCUUGAAUUGAUCUCACUUAUAUAAACAAAAAGGACAAAAGCAAAUUUAUUUAGGCUUACUCAAUUCGAAAAUCUUUUAGCGUUGCUUGCAGAAAUUAUAAAUGAAACCAAAGCUUUAAAAAAAAAUUUAAUUUUUGUUUAUUGUUCAACGACCAAUUUGUGCGUAAGUAUUACACUUACAGCUAAACCUAAAUAAGUUAUUAUUUUUUAAAAACUUGUAAGCUCUGCAAGACAUUUAAACCCAAAAUAAUAUUCAAAUCGAGGCUUUUAAAGCGAAAUUUAGAAAAGGUUUUUCUUUGGUCAGACAGGCAGCUGGUUCUUAUGAAUCAGGAGGAUAUACCCUGCAAACCAAUGUAAUUACAUUUAGUUGGACCCUAACUUUAAGUUGAACAGACAAAUCGAUAGAGCGAUAGAGCGAUGGAGAGAGGGCACACAAAAUGAACCCACCACAGAUAACAACAACAAAAUUAAUGCUUAACAAUUCUAACAUAAUAAUUAUUAAAGAAAGAAAAACAAAUAUUUAUGAUUAAGAUGUUGCCGCGUUAAAUUAUACAAUACAAAUAUGGUAAUAUUCUACGAUAUAUGAUAGAUAAUGAGCAGCAUGUGCGGGAGAAUGAAUUAAUGCUAAGCCUUCACGAAAAGCAUAAGCAUAUAUACAUAACAUAAAUAAAGAUUAAUAUUUAUUGUAGCUGCUAGAUCUAAUUCGAGCAAUUCUAUUAUUUGUAUAAUUAUAGUCUUCUGUUCUUCUUCACCUUGUAAGCUUUGCUCUGUAGGCAUUUAGUUUCAUAGAUCGUAACAUAUUUGCUAAAUAGUUAGUAAGGCUUUUCCAUGGCUCAGUUCUUUGCCUAUUGUGAAUGGCAUCGAGUGGUCAUCAGUUUUUUGUAAAUAUUAUUUUUCCCUCGACAAGAUUAGAGUACAACAGAUUUAAGUUGCCAACACUUUGUGAGAAACACAUGUAUAUGCUAGAUAACUUCUGGAUGAUAACCAACUAAAAACAAACCCAAGCCAAGAGCCAAGCGAAAAGAGCGCAGAGAUUUCAAAAAUCUAUAAACUUUUGUUAUAAAAACCUAUUUCAUAAAUUAUUUAUGCCUGUGUGUGUUUGUACUUUUUAAAAGAAAACAUUUCGUUCUGUAUUUAAAAAUACAAAUUCUAAGCUAAAUUAAAACAAAAAUAAAAGAAAUUCAAACAUUUAAAUAAAUUCAAACCAAAAUUUGUCUAGAUCAUAACCUAAAAUUUUGUAAAAUUGUAUAUAUUUAAACAAGCGAUAAACGAAACAUUUAAAUCGUAAAUAAAACACUUAUGAACCAUUCAAAUUGAGAUAUUAGGCAUGAAAAAAUCCAUUGUUAUGCAUAUUUAUAGAAGUUACAUAAAAUAUAUGCAUCAAAAAAUACAAAAAACAUAUUACGAUUGCUUUGCAAAAAAAUAUAACAAAAAUAUACAAAUUAUUGUAAAUUAAUUCUCACCAAUUUUGUGUUUCAUUUGCCAGACCAGAAACAGUACGAUAAUAAACAAAUUACAUUACUUAAAUUAUAGAACACAGCAAAACAAAACGGUACCGAGUAAAUAGGGACGAAAAAUGGUUAAUCAAAAACGUCAAAACGGUUUUCAGCAAAUUUCGUGUAUUUAUGGCCAAAUUUUAUAAAACGAUGAAAAUAGUUGAGCAUACAGAGACGAGAAAAACCCAAACAUUUUUUGUAUCAUUUUUGCUAACAACCCAAAGAGAUAAACAACAAAACAAACAAUCAUUUUUAUAAUUAAACGAUUAAUAUAUAUUGACAAAUUUUACAUAACCCGAGUGUUUAUAUAUGACAUAUUAUAUAUUUAAAUUUAAAUACGAGAUAGAACGAUGCCCAGCAAAACAUAAGCAUCUUUGCCCCGCUUAAUAAAUCGAUUUGAUAUUGUUAAAACUUUAACGUGCAAAGGCUAAGCAAACAGAAGAACAAGAAAUCACAAAAUAAUGGCAUAAGUUUUAUAUUAAUUAAUUAAGCAUGCAGCAACAAAUCCGCGUCUUGUCAAAAUACAACAUAUACAUAAUUAUAUGUCUGACGAUUCAGAAUGCAGAAAUAAAAUGUACAAAUUGUGGAGCAAAUAAACAAUAGAAAAUAUAGUGAGAAUUUUGGGGAGGAGUAUGAACGAAAACAUCAAAUGAAAUGCACCACAUGCAAAAAAAGUUUAAUCAAAUUAAACAGUUAAUGAAAAAACAAAUUUGACUUCAACGUUUCAUAUUUAAGUAGUGCAGAAACAAAUAAAUACAAAGGAAAAACAAAAAUAAAUUAUUACACAUGUAAUGAAAACAAAAACAACAAAUAAAAAAGCGAUAAAUAUUAUGCAAAAUA